ACCAAACGCGCCUCACAUUUUCAAAACAUAUUUAUACAAUACAAUUUUUUUUUGUAAUGCUUCUUCAAUUGCUCUCUGAAACUUACACCCAUUUUUUCUCCUUCUGAAACUGAAUAUUAAUUUAUAUGACCAUGAUUUUCCCAACUCCUCCAAUGGAACCACAACACACCCUCCACUGCAACUUGGAGCUCUGCCUCUCUCCGCCGCCGGCGCCACCUUCCUCCGCCACCGCCGCUGAAUCAACAACCACUUCAACUUCCGACCACCACCACCCCAUGGUCAAUUAUCAUCAUGGAUUCCCUGUUACUGAUCUUACAGAGCUCCAGGCGAGAGCGAUCAUAAUAGGAGCCACGCGACAGAUGGAGGAGAGGAAGACGACAUGUCGGACCAGAUCGGCGGAGGAGAAAUCAAGCUCCAUGAAGAGAUCGCUGCAGAGGUUUUUACAGAAGAGAAAGCAUCGCAUACAAACACUCACACCCUACACUACUCAUCACUUCUAGAUUUUUUUUAUUAUUUAUUUCUCCAUUUUUCAUUUUUAGCAACUUAGGAUAUAUCCAGCUCUUGUGUUGUGCGGUGUGUGGUGUGGGACUUUAUAAUGUAUGAAUACAUUUCACUGCGCAUAUGUAACUUAUAUAAAUACUUUGCCUUAAUUCUUCAUAUUUUUCUUAAA